AUGUACCCAGAAACGAGGCCCAGGGAAAAUGAGAGGCGGUACAUUUGUGUGGUUAAGACUUCCCAGCUUUGUGGCCAUUUGUUAUGCAGCAAGGCUGAAUUUCUUCUAUUGGGUCUCACAAACCCUCUUCAUCAGCCGAUUUGUCUUCUUUGUCAUGCUUCUGCCUACUUCAUCACACUGAGGGGUAACUUGGGGACACUCACUCUCAUACGCAUUGAUCCUAGACUCGCCCCUAUGUACUUUCUUCUCAGCUGCUUGUCCUUUGUGGAUAUUUGUUCCUCCUCCCCCAUUGCCCCCAAGAUGCUCUGUGAUACUUCGCAGAGAAAAAAAGGCGUCUUUUUCACAGCUUCUGCUGCACAGCUGUGGCUCUUUGGUCUUUUUGUAGUAGCUGAAUGUUUCCUCCUGGCUCCCAUGGCAUAUGACUGGUAUUUGGCCAUCGGUAAGCCCGUGUUGCAGGCACUCAUUAUGUCCCAACAGGUCUGUGUGCCGCUGGUUAUAGGGCCUUAUGUCAUGGCUCUUCUAAGCAGCAUGACCCAUAUGACAUUGACUUUUUGCUUGCCCUUCUGUGGCCCAAGUAUCAUCAAUCAUUUUCUCUGUGAUAUUCCCCCUCGGCUUUCUCUUGCAUGCGCAGACACCUUCAUAAUACAGUUUACGUUUUUCUUUGUGGCUGGAUCUGUAGGAAUCCUCAGUGGCCUGACCAUGAUGGUCUCCUAUGUAGUAUCAUCGCCUGAACUAUAA